AUGGAUCUCUGGUUAGUCGCGGCCUUGUCGUCGAAUAUUUUACUUUCUGGCGAGGUCCUGCGCCAGAAAUGGAAGUCAUUUGCGGACCGCGCGAAGGUUCCUCUUGACCAGCAGCUGCGUCUCAGUAACGGCUGGUUGGAACAAUUCAAGAAGCGCCACGGGCUGCGCGAGUUCAAGCGUCAUGGCGAGGCAGCUUCUGCGGACCUCCAGGACGCCCCAUUUAGACUUCCUCCUGACCGUGGGCUCUCGGAUAAGGCUACCGCCGGCGUCAAGGGGAAGAAGGUGCACCUUACCUACGCCUUCACCGCCAAUGCCGAUGGAACGGAUAAGCUCCCGCCCUUCGUCAUUGGGAAGUGGAAGAAGCCCAGACCGUUUGCGGGGAAGACAGGGGCCCAGCUAGGUUUCCGUUAUCGGAACAAUGCGAAGGCGUGGAUGACGACCGUCCUGUACCAGGAGUGGAUCCAGGAGUGGGACCGCAAGCUCACUGCCGAGGGGCGGAACAUCCUCCUACUUCAAGACAACUUCUCCGCGCACGUCCCUCCGCUGGGAUUGCGGUCCAUCCAGGUCGAGAAUUUCAAGGCAAACCUGACCGCCCACGUGCAGCCGAACGACCAGGGCAUUAUCCGAUGCUUCAAGGCCCACUACCGUGCGCGGUUCAUUGAACGUGCAAUCAACCGUUACAAUCGCGGCAUCACUCCGUCCAACAUCUACAACAUAGACCAGCUCGAAGCCAUGCGACUUGCUGAUGCUGCUUGGAUGGAGGUGGACGCCAAUACGCUCCGACACUGCUGGCGCAAGGCCGGCAUCCUGCCGCCCGAUCUGGCCGCCGAUUCUCUCCCCCUUCCGGCACCCUCUGUCCCCAUUGCCUCGCUUCUCAAUGCCGAGGCAACCACAGCGAGUCAAGACCCUGUUCGGCAGGCGGAGAAGGCCGUUGAGGAAGCCCUUGAUGGGCUUGUCAUGACCGGCGCACUCCAGACAGCGAACCGCAUGGACGUCGACUUCCUCCUCAACCCACCAGUCGAGACCGAAGUGCUUUCGCAGACCUCGGAGGAAGAAAUUUUUCUUGCUGUUCAGGAGUCUCGUGAAGACGAAGAUGAGGAGGCGGCUGAAGGCGACGAUGAGCCCGAGACUCCUCCGACACGACACAAAGUUCUUGAAGCGGCCGCUUUGCUCACUCAGUUCACAAAUGGUAUGGAUACACCCGCCGCGCGGAAGCUGGAGGAUGCCCUCACCCGAUUCACGCGGGAAAUGUGGCGCGACGCUCAACGCUCGAUGAAGGAUACCUCGAUUACUGAUUAUCUGUCCCGCACGUAG